AUGCAGAAGAGUGACAGCUGGCUGCCGUCCCCCCUUCAAUCGCCUUUGCCUUACGUCGAUGGCCGCUGGUCUCGCUCAACGCCAUCACUUCCGACGCUCGACCCUCUCUCACCCUCUCUGGGCCAAACAUCCCGACACGUUACACCGACGCGCGUCCGUCCCUUCGUGUCGACCCCUUGGAGCCGCUCCACCACCAUCAUCUCUGCCUCGUCCUCGAACCAUUCGAUUCCGUCCACCCUCACUCACGACAACGACACGCAUACUCCCCUACAGCCUCAGACGCUCGACCGGCACACCAGCCCCUCUACCAGACCGCGUCGACAACAUCAGCGCUCGCAGGUUUUUCGCUCGCUCGACUCGCUGCUCACGCUCGGACCCCCUCUCGAAGCUCUACAUUCGGUCACAUCGGCUCCCGAGUAA